ACCUAACAGUACAGUACAGUACAGUACAGUUUCCCUCCAAAAAUCUCCCUAUUUUCGCCACUCUCUUAACCCUAACCAACUGUCUCGCUCUUUUGUCAGUUGCUAUUUCUGUUCCUUUCACUUCAAUUCCGCUCAAGUCUCUGUCUAAAGUUCGCUAAUUUUCCAGAGUUUUAAUAGCUUGGAUUUUGAUUUCGUUCUGCCGAUGAAUUGAGACCAUGGGUUCUCUCGCAGACGAUGAUGCCUAUACUAAACCAAUGCAAGAUAACCUAAAUCCCAAUUUCUCAUAUACCGAUACUCAGCCCUUUGAUUCUCAGAUUUUUCCCUCUUCCUUGCCUGUAGAUGAAAAAGGUGGCAAUGCUAACAAGGUACAAUUGGUGCAAAAUACUGUACCUUUUGAUGACUCUGUUCCAGUUGAAGAUGCAUUCGAGACCCAAAUAGUUGAUCUUGGAGGUGAAACGCAAGUAAUGGAUGAUCCUGUUUGCCUUGAACACGUGGACACUCAAUUGAUAGAUGAUUUUAGCAGUGAUGGUGAAGGAACAGAUAAAACUGAAGUUUUGGAUGAUGGUGGUGGGUUCUCUGAUGAUGAAUCUCAAAGAAGAGGCAAGCGUGAAUCAUUGGAUGGGGAGAGGAGUUGGCAUACUUCUUUUGAACACAGUGAGGACAGAUUGGUGGAGCAACCCAAUGAAAACUGUAGUUCCAGACUUGAUGUUUCUCCUGAAACCCCAACCGGUCAAGUCAGCCAAGAACCAAUGCCUGGUUCUAUUGCAAGAUUUACUUCAGUCCGUGCAGCGUCUUUGCGAGCAUCUGGUCUAGCAGCUCGCAGACUUGCUUUGGAGGGAACCAACAGUGAGUCUCAUUCUCCCCAGGCUAAUAAUGGGCAUUCAGAAGAACAUGCUAUGAAAAAUAAUGGGUCAAAUGGAGAAGCUUGGAAGGAAGUUGAUCAGGUGUGUGAUACAGGAACAGGAAGAUACAACAAUGAAGUGAAGGGAUUGAUAAAUGUGCAUGACUAUAAGAUUGGCCGUUCUGCAGUGAGAAAACUCUUUGAUGAGGAUUUCUUUGUUGAAAAUGAAGAACUUGCUUCCAAUAAUGAUAAUACUGCAGGUGUAAAAGAAAUGCAUCAGUUGCCCACUUGUGAUGAUGGUCUGGCUGGGUUGAGCUAUAUCGACUCCCAAGAACCUGGAGAAUCAUCACAAGCCAAUGCAUUUGCCUGUGUGCAAAGGUUGAUUGAAGAGAACAAGGCCUUGUUCAAUGAAUUUGACCUGGGAAAGAAUAGUAAGGGAAAACCAAAUUUUGUUUCAACCGCAAAAGGGCCACAAAGUUUGGCCAAGAAAACCAAUGAUAGAGGCAUCAAUGAGAAAACUGGAAUUUUUGACUGGGAUGAUUUACAAGAAGAUGAGGGAGGGGGAGAUAUAUUCUGUAGAAGGAAGGAAGAAUUUUUUGGUAGUACAAAUCUUGGGAAAAGAUCUUUUAUAAAAACCCAAAAGGCCAAAGGAAAACAACUAGGUGGAUGCAGAGAAAAUAAAAGAAAAUUGGAUGUCCACAAUGAAAUAGUUGUUCACUCUGAUUCUAAAAUAGUGCUGCAUAAUACAAAACUGAAUAAGAAGACAACACCAGAAGCUGAAAUGAAUAUUAGAAAGAAUCUAGUUAGCAAGUUUGAUGAACAGUCUAAUAUAGCAACUUCAGUAGGGCAAUUGGAAGCUGGUCUUGCCAGGAAUAAUAUGCCAGAAGGGCUUGAUGUAGGUUUGGACACUCAAAUGGCUGCUGAAGCCAUGGAAGCCUUGUUGUGUGGGGAUGGAAUUGCUAACUCUGAUGCUAAUAAUGUGCCAGGAAAUUCAGACUCUCAAAAAGGAUCUCCAGGAAGAAAAGUUAAGAAGAGUUCACUUUCAAAGCAAUGCUAUUUUGGUAAAGACUAUGAUAUUGAGGUUGCCCCAGUACAAUCUAAGAAAACAAAGAGGAUUGGUGCUAAAUCAAAAAAACGACCUCCAAGUUCACCACAGAAGCAUUCUGCGAUUGUCAGAAAUGAUUCUGAUAUGGAUCUAUUAAAGAGUAGGAGGAAGAGGGCUAAAUCUGAUGUUGAAGUCUCAGUGACCAAUAGGAUAAAAAGGGCAGCCAAAAUGCCAUCUAAAAUGGCAGAAGGAACUAUUGAAAGCAGCCUACAUGAUGCACGUGAUGGACAUCAUGGAAUUGCUUUAACUGGAAGUGGCUCAGUUAAGAAACAGAACUUACCAGAGGAAUUUGCUAAUUUGACACCCAUUGCUCAUCGAACUAGGAAUUCCUUGGUUGCCACUCAAUUGAAAAGAGCUGAGAAUGUGUCUAGUGGUUGUGGAGAAGAAGCAAACUGUACAAUUGAGAUUAGUGCCCUCAGACGAAAUGAAGCUGGUGACAGUGUUGAUGCUGAAGGGAAAUCUUCAGAAGUGUUUUUGGCACAAUCUGGGGAGCUUGAAAAUUUCAAGUCGAAAUUGGCAGCUACAAGUAAUGGCAUCAGUUUCCCAAGAAGAAGAAGAUCUUGUCGACAAAAAUCAGGUCAGCUUAAUGGACUGGUCAACUUAGAUGCUCAGUCCAAGGCAUCUAAUCAGCCAGGUAUUGUUGGAAAGUCUGCAAAUAUGCAUAAAAGGCCACAUAGCGAUGCUAAAACCACCAGUCUUGCUGAUUUAAACACAAAGAGAAAAACUCAAUCCUCCAUUUCUGUUUGCCCAGACCCAUCUUCCUUGUACCAAAAUUUCAAAGGAGAACCAUCACCGAGAAGUGUAGAUAAAUCAGGUUCAGGCAAUGCUGUUCUCAGUUCUAUUUUCAUUGAGAAUGGGAAGAAUAAUUCUGUUGAUCAAAUGGGAGUAAAGGAAAAAUUACCUGACAGAAAGAAUAAUGCACAUUCAUCACCAUCUACUGGACAUGAAGUAAAAGUACUUUCAAAUCAUUUACCAAAGGAGGUAACUGAACCAUCUAAUUCAAUGUGUACGUCCCCAGCUAACUGUAUGACCCCUGUGAAUACUGCAUCACCUGUCUGUAUCAGUAGUGAAUAUGUUAAGCAAUCAUGCAAGAAGAGGCUCUCUAGAUCAAGCCUCAUGAGAGAAGUUAGUACCUUGUGUGCUACAGCACGAGAACCUAUUUCUGCACCAAAAGAUUCAAGGAAGAGAAGAGAUUUGGCUAAUGUUAGAGUGUUGCUAAGCCACCACUUGGAUGAGGAUAUAAUUAAGCAGCAGAGAAAGAUUGUGGACCGGCUUAAAGUUUCCAUAGCAUCCUCUAUUACAGAUGCAACACACUUUAUUACUGAUAAGUUUGUGCGUACAAGGAAUAUGUUGGAAGCCAUUGCUUCUGGCAAGCCAGUGGUAACACAUUUAUGGCUUGAGAAUGUGGGACGGGCUAAUUAUUAUAUUGAUGAGCAAAAAUACAUACUCAGGGACAUGAAAAAGGAAAAAGAGCUUGGUUUUAACAUGCCAGUUUCAUUGGCACAUGCACGUCAACGUCCACUUCUGCAGGGUCGAAGAGUUUUGAUCACUCCCAGCAUAAAGCCAAGUAAAGAAAUUGUUUCAGGCUUGGUUAAAGCAGUUUGUGGUCAGGCGGUGGAGAGAGUUGGCAGAUCUACUCUUAAGGAUGAUGUUGUCCUAGAAGAUCUGUUGGUUUUAUCCUGUGAAGAGGAUUAUGAAGUUUGUGUACCUUUCCUCGAAAAAGGGGCAGCUAUUUACAGUUCAGAGCUGCUACUAAAUGGGAUUGUUACUCAGAAGCUGGAAUAUGAAAGGCAUCAGCUCUUUGUAGAUCACGUGAAGAGAACUCGUUCUACAAUAUGGAUGAAAAAAGGAGGUGAUAGUUUCAUUCCUGUCACAAAGCAUAAAUAGCGCUUUUUUUUUUCCUUGGUAGGAAGGGGGGGUUUUCUUUCUUUUCCUCCCAUUUUUUCCUCCAUCCACUUGCAUUUUGGUGUUGUGUUAUAUUAUGUAUAUAAAGUGGUCUGUUUUCUUGUAUAUAUAAGUUUCAAGCUGCAUAACGUAACACUUGAAAUGGAGAGUUUCUUUCUCUUUUCCCAUCUCUGUUUUAAUGUAAUUUAAUAUCAUCCCAAAAUUACUAAAA